GUUCAAUUGGUUGGAGUGUCCAUGACAAGUACAUCCAUCCUACUCUGAAAAGUAUUAAUGCGAGAUGUGGAACAUAACCCAAACUCUGGGUUCAGUGGUGUUUAAAUUGUUGGUUUAUACUGAAAUUUAUAUCCAGCUAUGAGUAGUAGUGUAAUGGAAUCCCAGUUGUGUCAAAACUUUCAUCGUGAAUGCAUGGCUGCCAUCAAUCGGAUGGUGAACUUGGAACUGUAUGCUAGCUAUGUAUAUCUCUCAAUGUCCUAUUACUUUGACCGUGAUGACGUGGCCCUGAUGCACAUGGCCCAGUUCCAGAGGAAGCAGUCCCACAAGGAAAGGGAACAUGCCAAGAAGUUCAUGAAAUACCAGAAUAGACAAGGAGGACGUGUUAUCCUGCAGGACAUAAAGAAGCCAGAGCGGGAUGAGUGGGGGAACAGCUUGGAGGCUCUGCAAUGUGCUCUGCAGCUGGAGAAGACUCUGAACCAGGCCCUGCUGGACCUGCACAAGCUGGCUACAGAGCAAAAUGACCCUCAUCUUUGUGACUUCCUGGAGUCUGACUACCUGGAGGAGCAGGUGAAGGCUAUCAAGCAGCUGGGAGACCAUCUCACUAACCUGAAGCGCCUGGGGGAGUGCCCCAGAAUGGCAUGAGAGAGUACCUGUUCGACAAGCACACCCUAGGGAAGAGCAGCUGAACUUCAUGGUGUAGAACCAGUCCAUGAUGCUGGCUCACCAGCGCAUAGAUGUAUUGCCUUAUUUGCAAUGUAUGAGAAUAAAAUAUGGUGCUCACCUGUGGCUCAUCUGACUUU